AGGCUGAAGUCGAGCGUCUCCUUUAAAUCCCGACGGUGACGCCAUCGCCUCGGUUUACUUGCUUUGUUUGUGCGGACGGUUUCAGAGCAGAGGAACCAGCGCAGACGCUGCUAGCGCUGAAAAGAGCCGCGGAGCCCGGUAACCAGCCCACGACGCGCCGCCCGCCGGAGCAACAUGCCGUCCGACAGGCCCUUUAAACAGAGGAGGACGUUCGCCGACCGGUGCAAAGAAGUCCAGCAGAUCCGUGAGCAGCACCCAAACAAGAUCCCUGUGAUCAUUGAGAGGUAUAAGGGAGAGAAGCAGCUGCCUGUUCUGGACAAGACCAAGUUCCUGGUACCCGACCACGUCAACAUGAGCGAGCUGGUCAAGAUCAUCAGGCGCCGGCUGCAGCUGAACCCCACCCAGGCCUUCUUCCUGCUGGUCAACCAGCACAGCAUGGUGUCGGUGUCCACGCCCAUCUCUGAGAUCUACGAGCAGGAGAGAGACGAGGACGGCUUCCUCUACAUGGUCUACGCCUCGCAGGAGACCUUCGGCUGCUAGGGAGGGAGGGUUUGGUCGCUGGGAGAGCGGGAGGGGGGAUGCGUGAUGGGAAAGGAGAGGUGUUUAGUGUCAGAACCGACCAGAACUUUAGGAUCCACUCCACUUUGUUGCAGCACCCGUGUACAGGUCCCCUCACUCAUAGUUAAGCACCUUCUUCAUAUCGGUCAGUUAAGUAGCAACACAAUUCAGAGGAACAUCCUGCAUGUCUCACGUCAGUGGUUCUACUCCUGUUUUCUCUCCUGUGUUGAACGGGUGGAACAGAAGAGCCGCUUCUCUGCUGGCAGUAAAGUUGUCCCGCAGCACUAGUCACCAGUUUUUAUCCUAGAAUGAAAUGAACACUAACAGGUUCAGCUAACGAAGUUAGAUCCUUAAUAAUCCAAUGCUCGUACUCUCAAGCUAGAUGAUAUUUUACCUUCUAACCCUUUAAACUCUUUAGUUUCUACUUCUAGUCUUUAGUUUGAGACAUUAGCUGUAGUGUGUGUUACGUAGCCGGUUCUCAUGCACCUCAGGCUCAACUUGUCGACCUGCUCCAGACGCCCUGACAAUCAGGCUGAAUGUGACCGUAACCCUGAAAACAUUGUUAGCAUCGGCUGUGCACGCACCCUGUUCACGUCCUCGCAGCUUUGGCCCAUGAGCCCAGCAGCCAUGUUGGGUCCUCACGCGUCUGCACACAGCACUGCUCCCUCCUCACCCAGUUUGGUGAAGCAGACUCAGCUGAUCACAUUUCAUGCUCUGUGUUACUCUGAGUGUGAAUGUUGGUGCAGGGAUGCCUCUGCUUCUCGGCCGGAGCGGCAGGUGCCAGCAGUGUGAUGUCCUUCAGCGUUCUGAGCAGCGCCGACGCCAGGAUGGAAUCAGAUCUGAGCUGGAAUGUCGUUUCUCCUCCCGGCCUCGUGUUACAGCUUGUAAAGAAGCCGCGUGUCAUGGUAGCAUAGAGUUGAGCUUUAGACAUAAUAAAAUGUAUUUAAUGUAGAAAUCAAUGAGCUUCUUUUGCACAUAAAUGAAGUAUAAAAAAGGAGUUGGCUUAGGAUUUUGUAGGAAUUACUGUAUCUAUACAAGGAUUCUCUUGUUCUGUAUCUCCUCUUGUGCAGAGCUGCUGCUGCUCUGCUGCUUCAUCUGUUUGCCUUUGUUACACUUCAUAGAUGUUGUGAUGCACUACAAACUUGGCAUGUUUUCACCUUUUUUAAGAUAAACGUGUUUUGAUUUUAUGCUACAAAUAUGACUGUACUGUUUUAGGAAAACUGUUUUUCUUGAUGUUUCCCAAACCAAAAACUGAAACUACGCAUCUGUGUACGUUUGAAAGCAGCGUGUGGAUCUGAUCAUACGAAGGAGCUGCAUCGUGUUUUCUUCAUCCUCACUGUGUCGAUUGGUCGGGUGUACAUAGUGUGCUACAACCUGAUUCAAAGCAUUUGCCAAUAAAUACUAAAAAGUUGCCUUUAAA